UCAGAUAAAUUUUUUCGCACUGUGCAUUUACUUUCAUCGAAACUCAUUAAUAUCAUAAAUAUUUUUCCAACUAAAAUAUAAAUGAAUAAAUGAAACAAUUUAAGUAAAAUGUUUAAAAUAAAAAAGAUUCAUGAAAAAAGUGUAAACUAAAAAAAUACAAUAGAUUUGUUUGGAUUUAAAGAAAAAUUUGUUAACUGGCAUUUUACAACAUUACACAUGAUGACCAUGUAGUUUAGAAAAAUCAAUGCAGUUGUCAUCAUCACUUUUUGACUACUAAGGGCAAUGUUAUUGUAUGCUUAAUAACAGUCUGGAGGAGUAUACUUCAAGUAUUAAGAAUUUUUAAGUUUUGUCAUGAAUUUUGGUAUAUCACAAAUUACUACUACCACUACUUAUACUAAUACCAGCAAUACUGUAACUACAACGGCGGCAUUAGCAUCUGUUAGCACAGCUACUGUCUCCGAUAGCAUUAGCAAAGAUACCACAACUGAUGUACCGACAGGAACAGAAACUCAAACCUCUAGUAACGUCUCUGAUAAUAUCGGUAAACAAAACUCUACUAGCAAUUCCAUACAUCCUUCGAAAUCAUUUACAACUCCACAAAACUGCUUAGAGAUCUUAACGUCAAUACAAAAUAAAACAGUUCCUAGCGAUUGUGCGUCUACUGCUAAUUAUUUUUCCACGGCUUCCUCCAAUAACUCAUCGCAAAUCUUGCCGACCUCUUCUUCCUCAUCAUUAUUAACAUCUUCGAGUGCAACAAGAUCACCUUUGGAACCAUUAGGUGGUAUACAGUCUAUAAAUAACGAAAACUCUUCAGUUCACAUGGAUGGAAAUGAAGAAAUAAAUAUUUGUUUUUAUUUCGAAAGGAAACUUCUCUUGCCAGAAGAUUUACCAAAACAAAUCAAUUCGACGAUUUCAGACAAUUCUUCUAAUAUCGAAAAUACAAUAAAAUCUACAUUUUCUUCGAUUUCUAAUAGUAUAACUGGUACUGUUGCCUCAUUGAAAAAUGAUAAUUUGACAACUCAACCUGAUUUGAGUCAAUCAAGAGAAUCUUUAAAAUCACAAACAGAGCGAAAUAGUUGCAGCAAUAUUGAGGAAAAUAUUGAGUUAGAUGACAAAGUAAAUGAUUUAAGUCUGAGCGAAAGUAAGAUUUCAAUUAAUUCAGCAAACAUAUUACGUUGUGAUGAGGACUCAUUAAGCAAAUCUAGUGAAAACUCGGGAGAUUUAUUGAGAAACCUUUAUUCAUCUGAUUGUAUUGAUAAAAUAAGAAACGUUACACGUUUGUCAGAACGUGCUAAAAAGAAAUCGUGGUAUAACGUGUUGUAUCCUAACUAUAAGUCACGUUCACAGGAUUUUAAGAAAUUAUUUAAGGAAGUGCCAAAUGAUGAACGCUUGAUUGUUGACUAUUCCUGUGCACUUUAUAGAGAUUUGCUUAUACAGGGACGAUUGUAUAUAUCACAAAACUACGUUUGUUUUCAUGCCAACAUUUUGGGUUGGGAAACUUGUUUGAUUAUCAAGUGGAAAGACGUAACGUCGAUAACCAAAGAGAAAACGGCGCUUGUUAUACCAAACGCCAUAUCAAUUUGUACACCAAAAGAAAAAUACUUUUUUUCGUCAUUCACCACGCGCGAUAAAACAUUUUUAAUACUUUUUCGAGUAUGGCAAAAUACGUUAAUGAAUAAACCCAUGCCAGCACAGGAGAUAUGGCAAUUAGUACACAAUUAUUAUGGUGAUGAAUUAGGUCUUACGACAGAUGACGAAGAUUAUAUAGAUCCAACUGUUGAGGAUCGAGACGACAGCACUUCAAAUAUAGACUUUGUAUCUGCCAUAGAUGAUACCAAUUCAUUGAGUGUUUACCAAGAGGCUAUAGUAGGGUCCAGUUCAAAUAUUUACCAAGCAAUUGAUAGUAGUAGCGGAAAUAGUGCUUCUAAUAAUAACAGCGGAAAUAAUAGUGCCAGUAGUGGUGAUUGUAUAAACUCAAAAAUAAUGAAGUCAAAUGCUAAAGAAUUAACAUUGAUCUCAGCAAAACCAGAAGAUGGUUUCGCAUCAAAUUCUCAAACACAGCAAACUUCUGCUACAAGUGGCGGCAGCGGUAGUGGGAGCGCAGUUACCGGUAGUCAUAGUGCAAAUGUUUCAAAAGAAUCAAAACAUAAUACUUCAACAUUCGAUUCAAAACGUAAAGUGUCAAAAAAUAAUCGACAACGAGAAGAAAACACAAGUAAAAAUUCAGAAACUCUACCAACCGAUAUAUCGGAUUCCAGCGAUUCAGAAGAAAAUAAUAUUCCAUUCGUAGCCACAGCUGAAUGUAAUUCCCCUCACGAAGGCCGCCAAUUGGUUCAUACAAUACUACCGAUCAAUAUAGAAACAUUGUUUAAUUUAUUGUUUUCUAAGUCGAAAUUUUUGCUAGAUUUUCAUGCAAUGCGAAAGUCAACGGAUUUGGUUUUUGGCGAAUGGAUAACAAAUGAAGAUGGUCAAAAAACACGUACUUUUAAUGUGACUGUACAGUUGGCCGCUUCGGUUGGUCCAAAAACGUCCAAGGUUACGGAAUUUCAAGUGAUGCGAGAUUGCAGUAAACCUGGUGAACUUUAUUCCAUUGAUAUAAAUAACGUCAAUGCUGGCAUUCCAUAUGCAGAUAGUUUUAGCGUUUUAGUACAUUACUGUCUGGUUAAGACUGUAGAUGAUCACACAAUGCUUUCGGUUCACGCCCAAAUCAAAUAUAAAAAAUCUAUUUGGGGUGUUGUUAAAGGUUUCAUAGAGAAAAAUACUUGGGCUGGCCUAGAUGAUUUCUACACAUCGCUAUUGCAUUCAUUACAAAGCGAAACAUGCAUCCCACCGGCCAAGGGCAAAGGAAGACGUCCACGCAGGGGCACUGCUACUCAAAUACGUCCACUGGAAGAGAUGCCUAUAUUGCCAACAAAACCUGAGCCAGCUGACCACAGUGGUAUUGCACAAACUAUUUCUACACGCCAUCCAAUCGACAGUCCUGUUGUAGCAGUUGAAGCAACUACAAAAUUCAGGUGGCUGUCACUGUUUGUUCUUGUUCUCUUAUGUUUCCUCAUAAUUGUUAAUGUCAUAUUAUUGCUUAAAUUAUGGAAAUUAGAGGAGCGCAUUGAUGAAGACAUGUCCGCUAGAGCACGUAUGCCAAAUUUAUCGGCUCUAAAGCAAUUACCUAAUAAUCAUGAAGAUUGGAUUGAAUUGUUGCGUCAACAGGAAAUUUUACACGAAACCGAAUUGAAAAAGUGGCACACAGUAUUGCAGACCGCAAUUGAAUUGUUAAAAAAGGUGAGCGUUGUUUGUCAAAAUAUGUUUCACAAUGACGAUAAACUAACUCAACAGAUCGAUCAAAUCAGUGAUGAACUUUAAUUCGCAAAGUAUGAUUAAAAAAUUCAAAACAAAUUUUAUAGAAAAUUUUUUAAACUACAACAAUUGCAAAACAAUCAAUCAAAAGAUGAAAAUUUUGUCUUUUUACAGUCUCGAUAUUUUAAAAAUAUUUUAAUCUGCAUUUGAAAUUGAAUCUGCAAAUACAUUUACAUAUAUUUAUAUUGCGAAAGUCACCUAUCGCCCAAACAAAUUAAUAUUUAUGUUUUUAUUAUCCUUAGUUUUUGUAAUUUUUGUUAUGUAUAAAACGUUUUACUUAAUCUAGUUUAAUACUCGAGAACAUAUUAGAAAAAUUAUGUCAAAAAACUAAUAUGGAACUUUGAAUUUUCAAUAAAUCUUCAAAAAUUAAUUUUAAUUAAUUUUUAAUUUAAUCAAAUGAUUGGAGAUCAUUAGAACCAAUGCACAUUGGAAGAUUCGACAACUGUUUUUAUUUGUUUUUUUUUUUAUUUUUCUAAUUUAUUUGAAAUAUUUUUCAGAAAUAGUUUUUAUUUAUAUUAUUUUCCUUAAAUAUAUACAUAUAUGUUAAAAAUAUCAUCCAAAUGUACGAUAGAUGGAACCAUUGAAACAUCGUUUUUAAUUCAUUAAGCUUUUAUUUUCUAAUUUAAUUUCAAUCAUUUUAUUUACCAGCCAAUUACUUGAGUUUAAUCAGGGUUUCAAGUGGUUUGGUUUAGUUAAACCAUGCAUAAUUUUAAUAUUAGCGUCUUAUUGGAGUCAUUUUUCGAAUCAUAAAAUCAAUGCAAAUUGGAAGAUUCGAACACGAUGUAUCAUUAGUUCGGGCAAGCUAUUUGUUUUUUAGAUGUUUUCAAAUUUAUUUGAAAUAUUUUCUAGCAAUUCAUUUAUUUUUAUAAACAUUUAUAUUGAUGGUUUUCGCAUCAGUUUUCCUCAUUCCCAAUUUCUACCCACAUUAACACAGAAAAAAUUAAUUCAUAUCUGGAAUGAAUUUGGUAAUAAAUAUUAUGAAUCGAACAUAACUUCUUUUCCAAACCAUUUUCAUUCAGAAUAUUAAAAGUUCAUAUUUAUUUAAGUUCGAUAUUUAUUAAAAAAAAAUUGCAAAAUAAGUCCAUUAUCUACUAAUAUAUCUCUCUAUUUAGCCGAUAGUAAUCUUAUAUUAGCAAAUUUUGAAAAUUAAAAUCUUGAACAACAAAACAUCAGUAAAGCAUCUAUUCUUCAUAACAUUCGGUCAAUUUCGCAAACAUUUCAUCGAUUUUAAUCUGAAAAUCAUAAAAAAAUCCAAAGAAAAUUUCAAAAAUUUUUAACAAAAGAAGAAAUAUAAUUUAAAUUUGAAAUAUUUUAAGUCAAGGCUUCUAGAUUUUGUUUGAAUAAAUUUAUAUGAAAAAAUUCAUACAAUUUAGGAACUUAUUCUUAAAUACUAUUAAAUAUGGCAAUGAAUGGAGUUCAUAAUAUUUAUGCUGAAACUUUUUUCUGUGAAAUUGGGAAACAAAAUUAUGAUCGAAUCUUUAAAAACAACUUUUAAAGGUUUAUUUGAACUUAAGUUAUGUUGAACUUAACUACUUUAAAUAAAUUUUUGGUAAUUUGUUGUUGAAGUAGAAUUUCACCACAAAUAACAUACUUGAAGUACUUCCAAUUUUGGUGAAAAAUCUAUCAAUUUUACAUUAGCGUGUAAUUGGAGGGAUGUUGUUGUUUUUGACAACUAUGAACUACAUCUAAUCUUAUUCAUAGAUGCAAUAAAAAUCCAAUAUUUGGAUGUCAAAAAUAUACCGAAUUCGUUGAAUGACAUUCUUAUGUUAAUUUCAUUGGUUUUUCACCAAAGUUUGAUGUACUUCAAAUAUGUUUUUUGUAGUGACUUUCCUCACUUUUAACUGGAUUUUUAUUUGUAAGGAAAUAUUUGGUUUAUAAAAGCGAAAAAUAUAUAAUCGCAUUUUUAGAUGUGAUAAAGAUGUAGUUUGAAAAGUAUGAUAUCAAUUAUUUUUUGUUGGGUAUAUUAAUUUGUCCAAAUGAAACCUAAAAGUUCUUGACUUGAAUAAGUUUUAUCGUACAAAAGUCCAUUGCUGAUUUGAUGUGAUUAUAUAUUAUAUUUGUUUUUGCAAUUUUCUAAAACAAAAGUGAGAAUCACACAGAUAUAGAAAAUAAAUAAAAAAUAAAAUAAAAAAUAAAAGAAAAAAUAUUUGUAAGUGUGUUGUGCCGACAGACAAAAUAUUAUUUUUUUAAUAUAUAAUUAUUUGUUUUUUUUUGUUUUGUUUUAAAAUUGUUUUUAUUAUUUUAUUUUUCUUUUAUAUCUCUUUUAUCAUUUCAGACUGAAAGAACUUUGGCCGAACUAAUGUUUCGCUAAUAUACAUAUUUCCACCUAUAGAAUAAGUUUUUAUUUUUUGUUUGCUUUUAUUGAUUAAUUAUUUAUUUUUAUUAUUUUGUUAUUGUUUUGCUAAAUCAAACAUAUUUUAAUAGACAAAUUAGAAAAUAUGUACCUACGUACAUACAUAUAUGUAUGUAUGUACAGAUUAAUAGAAAUAUUUGUAAUAAAUGUAAAACGAUUGUUCUUCCUCUUCUUCAUAUUUCUCCUAUUAAUGGUGCAUUUUUAUUUUGUUCUAAAUUAAACUUUUUCUUAUACAUUUAAUUUUAUACAUUUCAAUGUUAAAAACAAAACCCAUAGUGAGUAGUAAUUAUGUGAUUUUUUGUUUAAAUAUGUAAUUAGCUGCAAGUAGAAUAUAUGUAUGUAGUUUUUAACUAAUAAUUAUAUUUAUUAUUAUGUAUUAAUACUAAUUUUGUUGUUGUGUUUUUAUUUUUGUGCGCUUAAGGUGUUUAAGCUAAUAGUUGCAAUAAACAUAAAUACAUAAAUACUGAAAAAUGCCUCAGAGUGUAAACAUUUCUUGUCAGUAGAAAAUUUAUUUUAAAACAAAUGUAUAUUUAAUUUUGUAUAUAAUAACAAUUGUUUAUAUAUUUUGAUAUAUUGUUACCAUAGUUUUACUAUUACAAUUAUUUUGUCUGUCUUAGCAGCACACGAAUUAUUUACUGUCAAACAUUAUGAAUAAUAACAACUAAUAUUUUUGUAAAAAAAGAUUUUUAAUAAAACUAUUUUUAAAAUAAGAAAAAAAAAACUAAGUAGAAACCAAAUUGUUAAUAACCAUUGAAAAAUUUAGAAUUUGAAUAAUAAAAAAAUUCGAAUACAUAAAUGUAUUUCUUUAUCAACUAAAUAUAAUUAAAAAGAAAGGGUGUAUUGUAUGUCUGUUACCAAUAGUAUUUAUCGUACAAGUAGAUAUGUAUUGUAAAUUAAGAAGGAAAUUCCUUAUUUCCCAAUAAAUAAAUGUAAAAAUUUAAUUGUAAAGCAUUUGAGAAUAUGUAUGUAUUUUAAUUGAUAAUAAAUAAACAAUAAUUUAGUCAAAAUAAAGCUUUGCAGCAUCAAGUGAAUAAAAAUAAAUUGUAUUUCAAUGAUAA